AUGGGGCACUCCCGCGGCGUCGAGGCUCUCCCGAGCAAUGAGUCCAUGCCGUCCGUCAGACACGCCCCGGGCGCCCAGUCCGACAGCCAGCCGCACACGCCUCGCGGCAUGCCCAAGGACCCGCUCCCGCUCGCGAACAUCAGCCCGCGGACCUCCCGCGAGCGCGUGCGGCCCUCCAUCACGCCCGCCGCCAAGCCCGGCCCUCCGCCCAAGAUCGGCGUCGUCGCGGCCGCCCUGCGCGGCGUCCGCGGCGUCUCGGACGCCACGCCGCGCAGCGUCGUCUCCGGCCACGACUCCAGGCACCCGAGGAUCGCCAAGCACCGCUCCAUGGGCCAGCAGCACGGCGCCACGCCCGGCUGGAUCCACUCGCAGCUCUCCGCGCUGCGCAUCGAGCCGAGGUGGCAGCAGGGCGGCGCGCAGCAGGCCGCGCCGAGGCGCACGGGCUCCGGCGCCGCGCUGCUCGCGCGCGCCGCGCGCCGCAACGCGACGGGGUCGCACGCGGAGGGCGACGGCGGCGGCGGCGGGGGCGCGAGCCCGAUGAAGCACCUGCGGCGGAUCCCGGUCGCGGCGUCGGGGCUGAUUCGGAAGGCGACGUCGCGCGAGACGAGCACGUCGAGCGCGCGCGGGCUCACGGCGUCGCGGGACGGCUCCGGCGGCGCGGUCCUGGUGGAGCGCGGCCCGAGCGUCGCGUCCGACGCCGAGCUCGCGACGGCGUCGUCGGCGCCGCCGAACCAGGCGCCGCUGGAGCCCGCGCGUCCGCCGCCGCUGCGGCGCGCGUCGGGGCGCCCGAUGCGGGGCUCCGCGGACGGCGCGAGGUCGGGCGGCGGCGGGACGGACACCGAGGCGGGGGGGUCUGGCGCGCUGUCGGGCGCGGACCUCGAGAUCGACCUGAGCGAGGUCGAGCUCGGCGAGCGCAUCGGCGUGGGCGCGUCCGCGGAGGUCAACGUCGGGCGCUGGAACGGCACCCUCGUCGCGGUGAAGCAGCUCAUGGGCAGCCUCGCGGACCCCUCCCUCGCGCCCAAGUUCCGCCGCGAGGUCGAGAUCCUGAUGCGGCUGCGGCACCCGAACCUCGUGCUCUUCAUGGGGUACUGCACGAAGCCGCGGAUGGCCAUCGUGACGGAGUACAUGCGGCGCGGGACGCUGCACGCGCAGAUCGAGCGGACGCGCGGGCAGCCGCUGCACCCGCGGCUGCAGCUCGCGGUGGCGUUCGCCGUGGCCAAGGCGAUGGCGUACCUGCACACGCGGCCCUCGCCCGUGCUGCACCUCGACCUCAAGUCGCCCAACAUCCUCGUGGACGAGCGGUGGCGGGUCAAGGUGGCCGACUUCGGGCUGAGCAAGGUGAUGGGCCCGCACGGCGGGAUCGGGUCGAUCGGGUCCGGCGUCGGCACGCCGCAGUGGACGGCGCCGGAGAUUUUGUCGUGGGGCGACUUUGACGGCAAGGCCGACGUGUACUCGUACGGCGUGGUGCUCUGGGAGCUCCUGACGGGGAAGAUCCCGUGGGAGGGGUACAACGCGAUGCAGCUGAUCGCGGCGGUCGGCGUCGAGGGCCGCACGCUCGAGCUCCCCGACGGCCCGCACGCCGACGCCUUCCUGGCGCAGCUGUGCCGCGACUGCCUCAAGGUCGACCCGAAGGACCGCCCGUCGUUCCAGUGCAUCGUCGAGCGCCUCCAGCAGCACUACUCCGGGCCGCCGCAGGAAGCCGUGGUCGCGGCGGGCCCCGGGAAGCACCGCCAGACGCUGUCGCUCGGGGGCGACGACCUGUCGGACGUGUUCGUGGCCGACCCGGCCGAGCGCGACGCGGUGACCAUGGGCGAGCCCUCGCCGGACCAGCGGGCGUCGAUCCCGGAGGCGGCGCGGGCGAGCUGGGCGCGCGGGGGCCCGCGGACGCCCGCGUCGCCGCAGGGCUCGGACCGGUCGUACGCGUCGCGGACGGAGAGCGACGGCACGGACAUGUCCGAGGGCGGGCCGGGGGAGGCAGCGGGGCGCGGGCGGACGCGCGGGUUCGCGAUGCCCGCGCGCACGGCGUCCGGGAAGGCCAACUGGCCCGACUCGUCGCGCACGCUCCACGUCGGCGCGCCCUCGCAGCGCGGCGCGAUCGGCGAGAACGUCCCGAGCGCGGUGUACAACCCGACGUCGAUUCCGGAGCACGCGGCGAUCGGGCGCGACGGCCAGGUCGUCGUGUCCCCGCCGAGCAGCCGCGGCGAGGAGGAGGAGGCCGGCGCGGGCGCGGGCGCGGGGCGGCCGGGGGGUUCGCCGCCGUCGGCGCUGCAGGCGCGGCGAUCGCUGCGCGUCGCGACGCGGAUCUACACGCAGUGGAACGCGGACGGCACGACCCCGACGGGGAUGCGCUCGGCGACGGCGGCGGGCGCGGGGGGCGCCGGGCCGUCGUCGCGCGGCGUGUGGCACACGUCGUCCUCCGGGGCCGACUCCGCGCACGCGGCACCGCGCACGGCGUCCGGGCCGACCGCGCCGUCGCCGCGCGGGGACCAGGCGCCCGCGGGCGGCGGCGGCACCUGGGCGGGCAUCCAACGCGCGUCGGUCGAGUACAGCGGCAGUCCGCGCGCCCAGGAGAGCCCGCGGCAGGGGCUGCGGCGCGCGAAGACGCAGAUCAUGGGCGCGGCCGGGCCGGACAGCUCGCGCGGGUACCGCCCCGCGCCGCCGACCUCGCAGGCCCCCAGCGCCGCCGCCACGCCCAGCGUCAGCGGCCGCGGGCGCCACCUCGAGCGCUCGGCGACGACGUCCUUGCUCACGGACGUGCGCACGCGCGCGGCCGAGGGCGACGCAGACAGCCCCCCCGCGCCCGAGCCCGCCGAGUCCCCAGCAUUCCGGGUCCUGGCGUCCCGCGCCGCCGCCGCGCUGCAGGCGCCGCCGGCCGCGGCCGCCGCGCGCCCGCCCGCGCCGCCGCUGUCGCGCGCGCCGUCCUCGAUGGUCUCGCACCGGCGCUCCGGCGGCAGCAACGCCAUGGACCUCUCGGACGCCUCGCUGCACCGCAUCCUGCCCGACCUGAGCAACAUGUCGCUCGAGCCGACCGCCCCGGCGGCCGCGGGGGUCGCCGCCGUCGGCGCGGCCGCGCAGCCGCACCACGAGGGCUCGACGAUGUCGGUCGACAGUGCGCACGGCGGGGGCGCGCCGCACGUGCAGGGCGUCGUCGGCGUGGGGCUGGGCGGCGGCGCGUCGCCGCCGCCGCCGCUGGGCGCGCUGUUGUCGCGCAACCCCAUGGCGGCGAAGCUCGCGGGGCACCUGCGCCGCAGCGCCGGCGGCAGCGGCAGCAGCGGGAGCCGCUGGGGCGCCGGCGGGCGCUCCAAGGCCAGCGCCGGCUCCGAGAUGGAGCUCGGGUCGGACGUCGCGAGGCAGCGAUGA